AUGGGCUGUUUGCAGUCCAAAACUGCUAAUGUUCAGUCGCCUGACCAAGAACCCUCGCAGCCGGAUUCCAAACCAGAUCUGGCAAAUGGGGAUCAAAUGGAUCAAGAUCAAGUGCCCGCCUUCAAGGAAUUCGGACUUGCAGAACUUCGUGCUGCCACAAAUGGUUUCAGCAGUGAACUUAUAGUUUCAGAGAGUGGUGAGAAAGCUCCAAAUGUUGUCUACAGAGGUAAGCUUAGGAGUAACAGGCUUGUCGCCAUCAAGCGUUUUUCGAAGCAGUCAUGGCCCGAUCCUCAGCAGUUUGUGGCAGAGGCUGCUGGAGUUGGCAAGGUUCGGCAUAAGCGAUUGGUUAACUUAAUAGGAUGCUGUGCUGAAGGCGAUGAACGCCUGUUAGUUGCAGAGUACAUGCCUAAUGAUACACUUUCGAAGCACCUUUUCCACUGGGAUAAGCAGCCUUUGCAAUGGGAAAUGCGGGUGAGAGUUGCGUAUCACAUAGCACAAGCUCUUGACCAUUGCAAUACUGAGAAUAGGAAAGUCUAUCAUGACUUGAAUGCCUACAGGGUUCUUUUUGAUGAGGAUGGUGAUCCUAGGUUAUCAAGUUUUGGCUUGAUGAAGAAUAGUAGGGAUGGGAAGAGUUAUAGCACAAAUUUGGCUUACACUCCCCCUGAGUUUUUGAGAACAGGCAGGGUCAUUCCCGAGAGUGUGAUAUACAGUUAUGGAACUGUUCUUCUGGAUCUUUUGAGCGGAAAACAUAUCCCGCCUAGUCAUGCUUUGGAUUUGAUAAGGGGCAAAAAUGUCUUAAUGCUGAUGGACUCAUCCCUGGAAGGACAAUAUGCCAAUGAAGAUGCAACUGCAUUGGUCGAGCUCGCCUCAAAGUGUCUUCAGUAUGAAGCAAGAGAUAGGCCUGAUGUUAAGUUUCUUCUUACUUCAGUUGCACCCCUUCAAAAACAGACACAAGUUGCAUCACAUGUUCUGAUGGACCUAGCAAAGAACCCUGUGGUUCUACCAACAAUGCUUUCUCCUCUCGGGAAGGCUUGUGCAAGAAUGGAUCUUACUGCAGUGCACGACAUUUUGCUGAAAACGGGGUAUAAAGAUGAAGAGGGGGCUGAGAAUGAGCUUUCGUUCCAAGAAUGGACCCAGCAAGUCCAAGAUAUGCUGAACACGAAAAAGUUUGGAGAUAUUGCAUUCAGGGACAAGGAUUUUAAGAGCGCAAUCGAAUACUAUUCCAAGCUGGUAGCAAUGAUGUCGGUACCUUCUGGGACAGUAUUCGCGAGACGGGCUCUUUCCUACUUGAUGAUGGGCCAGCCCGAGCUGGCCCUUAGGGAUGCCAUGCAGGCCCAAGUUUGCCUGCCCGAGUGGCCCACAGCCUUCUACUUGCAGGCUCUUGCCCUAUCUAAGCUGGGGAUGGAGACAGAUGCCCAAGACAUGCUCAAUGAUGGAGCCUCCUUCGAGGCCAAGAAGCUAAACAGCUGGCGACAUUAA